AUGCAGUUAUCUGCAUUAAAAGAAAACUUAGCAACUGUACGAACUGAAUUAAGAGCUGCGAAUGUAAAAUUAGCAGAACUUGAACAUAAGAUAAAUUCUUGUUCAUGUGUUAUAGUUUCUAUUUUAGAUACGGAUGCACGUUUAGUUGUAAGUCAAGAAGAACGACGUGUUUUAUUAGAAAGAUCAUUAGCAAAUGAAAGUAAAAAUGAAAAACUUAUAGCUGAAAAUGCUCAAUUAAUAAAGAAAAAUUCCAAUUCAGAAGCAGCUUUACAAGAAAUGGCUCGAGAAUUUCAAAGUCAACAAAUUCAAUUAAACAAAGUAAGUCAAUGUCGAUGGAUAGAUGAUGAUGGUGAUAUUCAUUCAAUGUAUGAAAUGUCAUCAAAAACAGCUGUUGUUGCAGCAUCAUCAAAAAAACCACAACGUGCUUGCAAUCAAUGUUAUAAAGAUUUAACUUCUUAA